CAUAGCCAAUGAGAGUUGAGAAGAAAAUAACGCAAGGCUUGAGAUGUAAACAGCAACCGGUCUAGCGUCUGCUUUGGUGAAACCAAAUGAAGCUACAGGCGAUAUCCUCCUGUACAACUGUGUGCGUCUCUUCGUUCAUCACCACAUCACUGCCGAAACACUCACCAUGAGGCUCAUGUCCCGCAGUGCUGCCCUGGAGUUUAUCUUGUUGCUGUGCUGCUGUCACUUAAUUCUUGGCCAAAAAUCUGAUUCUGCCUUAACUGUGGUGGAAAAUAAGGAAGGAGGAGGAGGAAGAGGAGAAGGCCGUGAUGAUGAUGAUGAUAAAGAGGAGGUAACAGUUGAUGAAGAUGAAGGAGAUUUAGAGGUGGUCCAACCAACUGAGGAGUGGCAAACGCUCAAGCCAGGCCAGGCAGUGCCCACAGGUGCCCAUGUGAGGCUGAAUCUGCAGACAGGUCAGAGGGAGGUCAGACUGGGAGAGGAGCAGCUAAAAUACUGGACACAUGAACACAGGGACAAAGAAGAGGUCCAGACCUUGUUCAAUCCUGAUGAACUGAAACAGGCCAUGAAGAAGAUAAAGGAGGACCUGAACUCUGUGAGCACAGACCAACAGGACUCUGUGGUUUCUAAAUAUCGUCCCCUAGAUGAAUUAAAGAGAGACAUGGCUCAGCUUGAGGUGUUGGUGGAGACGGAUGCCCAGAUAAUGAAGCGCAUGCUGGAGCAGUUGAACAGCAGCAAGUCUUCUACAGAGCAGAGGCUGAACAUCCUGCAGGAGCUGGAGUACCUGGUCCAUCAGGUGGAUAACGCUCAGACCCUGUGUUCGAUGGGAGGUCUCCAGUUCAUUCUACAGGGUCUGAACAGCUCAGACUUCAGAUUACAGGAGAGCUCUGCUUUUGUCCUGGGAUCUGCUGUGGCAAGUAACCCUGCGGUUCAGGUGAAGGUUGUGGAGAGUGGUGCUCUGCAAAUGCUUUUAACCAUACUGGCCACUACGCAGCCAGUCGGAGUGAAGAAGAAGGUUCUGUAUGCAGUGGCCUCCCUCUUACGUCACUUCCCCUAUGCACAGUAUUACUUCCUGUCACAUGGAGGUAUGCAGGUCCUGUCAGAGCUGUUCCAGGCAGAUGGAGGAGAGGUUCUGCGUACCCGCAUUGCUACCAUGUUGUAUGAUAUGAUCAGCGAGAAGGAGCUGAUCUCUCAGGCAGGUCUGGAUCCAGUGCUAGAUGCCUCCCAUGAAGAGCGGGUGCGUCAGUACUCUGAGGUGUCCUUGCAGAGGGAGCUGCUGGAGAAGGGCUGGUGCAGUCUUGUCCCACAGCUGCUGGAGUCCAAUGAGCAUGACUACAGAGAGAAGGCUCUGCGAGCUUUGUUGGUGAUGGCUCCCGUGUGUUUGGAACAGUACCACUCAGACAGCUCUCUGCUGGGCUCUCUGCGCUCUCUUAGAGACCAGUACGAGGACAUGAUUCAGUCACAGAUGAUUCUUGGAGAAGAGAACAGUUACUUUGCAGAAAUCGUAGAACUUAUAGAUGCUCUGCAAGUCAAAAUAAAAUGAUGAGACUGUUGUACAGUGUGGGGUUUUAUAUUGCCCUCUAUUGCCAAGAGGAGAACACAGACUUCUAGACUGUGGGAAUGAAACAAGUGCAUCAGCUGCAGAAGAACAAAGCUCUAAGACGGGAGUCAGAUGCAUGCAAGACAUGGACACACUUUCCACAUCGUUGUUGGACUGAGCCUGUAGAUCCUGGAUCCAUAGGUCUGUUUGAACUUCAGCAACUAUGAUUUCAUUUUUGGCCUUUGAAUGUUUGUUGAGGUUGAUGGAGAUUUUUUUAUUUUUAUUAUUUUAUUUGAAGAAUAAAUGCAUUAUUUUAAAAUCAU